AUGCGUCAACGUCAUGAAGAAUUAAUGGCAGAUCACAAAGAUAUGGUUGAGAAGCCUAAAGUGAAAAUGACCCAUGAGUUUUUGUUGCAUGUGGUUGAUAUCUAUACUCGUGAAAUGUUUUAUAAAUUUCAUGAUGAGAUCUUGGAGAGCUUGCCGUAUAGGUUUGAACUUCUGAAGAAGGAUGAAGAUCACAAUAUAUACAAGAUUCAAAGAAAAAAUGUCGAACAUUAUCCAUUGCGAGAAAUUCAUUAUGACAAGGUGUUGGAUUUUGCUUCAUGUACUUACAAAAAAUUUGAGAGUUCGGGAAUUCCUUGUUGGCACGUGUUAGGGUACUUGCACAAAAAACAUGAUUAUGAAAAAUUGCCAAGUCAAUACAUUUUGAGUAGAUGGACAAAAAAGGCAAAAUUAGGUACAGCGGUUGAUGAGAGCGGCAUUCAGAUAAUUGAUGAUAGAUCAUAUUUACUUAAACGCAAUGAAUUAAUUCAACUAGCUUUGGAUGUGGUUGAUAAGGCCCUUACUAGUGGAGAAGCAACUAAGGUUUAUACUGAUGCUUUGGGUAGUGCACGUGAUAAAAUCAAUCAAAUGGUUGGUUGUAGUACAAGUUUAGUUGAUGUUAUAGAAAGAAGUCAAAUUCAAAGUGUAGUUGCUUCAAGUAAUGUGAGCUGCAAUUAUUACAGUGAACCGAGCCAAGUACGUGCAAAAGGGUGUGGCAAAAGGCUUAAAGGAGGGAAAGCGAAAGCAUUAGGAAGGGCCAAAAAUUUUAAAGCUAGACAGUGCAAUGGGUGUGGUUUUGUUGGCCAGUCACACAAUAAAAGAAAUUGUCCAAUGCUUACAAAUCGGUAA